GCAGCUCUUCAAUUGUGCUUCAAGUGCACAAGCCGUAAACUUGAGGUCUUUGGAACACAGAAAGGAAACAAUCUUGCUCCCUUGUUCUUCCAAACACGAAUUCAACAUUAAUUUUCCUUUUUACACCUGUCAUUAGCGCUGAUGAAACGGUUUCGAAAUAAGCAUGGGUUCGAAAUAAUAGAGAUGUAGCAUCCACCUUUGGCGGUUCCACGUACGGUACCGAUAGGGUGUGGAGUGCGGAGACCAGGGAGCAAGAAGGCGUGAUGUAGCCUCUCAAAAAAUGAGUUGAGAUGUUGAGAUAGAGCUAAACAAUACCUUUCUUGUUUCUUGUUUCUUUAAAACUCUAGAGGAGAGUAGCUAGAGACCCAACCAACCAGAAAGAGCUUUCCCCGAGCUUUUAAUGCUCCCUCUGAAGAAGUUCGUUGCAAUUAGCUUGUUCGCUUUCGCAGCAUUCAACACUUCAACCCAGCUACCGGUAUCAGAGCUCUACCAGCUAGUCUAUAUAUAUUCUAUAUAUCAAAGUAACGCUGGCUGUUCAUUCCGUGCAGCGGCAGCAACCGUAUCGAUUUCUCUAACUAAGAGAGUGCUACAUGUAGGCAACGAAUAUUGCAGUUCUUGCUUGGUUGUUCGGGGCUGUGAUGACGACAUUGCGACAUGGCGACAUCGCAGUUCACAAGGUCAGCCAUCGCUUCGGACUGUAAGCACCGCAGGUGACGUUUUCACUCACCACUGUAUAGUGGUUGGCUGCAUCAGUGGAGGUGAGCAUAAGCCAAGGCUGUGACUAUGACAUAGCCAGCAGGUACCCUAUGAGAACUCUUCUAUUGUCAGUUUGACGUGCAAGAGCUUUACCUUCAGCAGUCUUGGCCAAAACCGCUGGUUCAGCGCUUAGGUGCUUGAUUUGGGGUGUGAGGGGGUGUGUGGGUAGCUGUGAGCUACCGUAGAUGUGUGUGCUCUGUUCCUGUGCUCCUGUGAGGAACGAGUUCCCUUGCAUGUCCCUGGAAUUGAGAAGGAGUCCUGGAAGAUCUGCUGCAACCAUUUUGUAAAAAGAUUGGACCAAGUGUGAGACGAAACCGAACUCUUGCCCUUAGCGGUUCCUUCUGUUAUAAGUAAAUAAUACAAAGAAGCAAUGUUCUCUGUGAGGUGUUUUCAUUUCCACGCGCGUCCCUUGCCACGCCUCGGUUGUUCCCCACUCCCGAUGUGAAACCGAAUAGCGAAUAGCCGGCUUCUGUGGCAUGGCCUACCUACCAUAGAUUUCACUUGAGCCUGAGAUCUGAUGUGGAUGUGCCCACAAAAUUGAAAGCUUAAGAGCCAUCAACUUACUGUACCAGUACUACCACACCACCAACCACUCCUUCAUCAACUCUCUUGGGAAACUUUGCUGCAGACUUACUAAUAGCACCAUGCUUCCAACCAAACGAAUCCUGCAUGCUUAUGAAGACUUUGCAGAAGAAGCCGCCGCCCUGGAGGCUCAGCAAAAGCCCUGGUCUCACGGGGCUCCCGGUCCCAAUGACCCAUUUCCGGUUCAGUUGCACUGGAUGCUCGAACAGACGGAGAAGAAUGGAUUCCCUCACGUCGUGAGCUGGGCGCCUCAUGGUCGUUCCUUCGUGGUUCAUCAGAGGGAUCAAUUCGUCAAGGAGGUUCUUCCAGUGUACUUUAACCAGUCCAAGAUCACUUCUUUCCAGCGUCAACUCAGCCUCUAUGGCUUCAAGAGAAUCACCAAGGGACCUGACUCGGGAGGCUACUACCAUCCCAAGUUCCUUCGGAUCAGCAGGACCUUCGCCCGCAACAUCGUCCGCACCAAGGUCAAGAAUGAUGGACCCCGCAAGGCUGCUUCUCCUUCCGACGAACCUGACUUUUAUGCCAUGCCAAGCUUACCCAACCCGUCAGCGGAGGCUCCUAAGAUCAAGGAGGCGAACGAAACCUCCGUGGCACAAGCAAGCCCCAGACUCACCUUUGACGGGCAGCACGCCUUGUUGCUGGCCCGUGAGCUCUUGAAGGACGACAACCAUCAAAUUCCAACCAUGAACCUUCAACCACGUUCAAGUGCAUCAUCAUCAUUGCCGGAUGCGACACGCCCCUUGUUCCCGUCCAUUGGGUCCGCCACGACAACGCAAAACAACGCGUUUGGUGCUUCAGGGAGCUUUAUCCAAAACAGAAUCUUGGCGCGGCCGCUCAUUGGUACUCCGCAACAUCCUCUUCAACGGCAACUGGGAUCGCGUACACGAAGCUGGCCUUCUCUGGUAGAUCUGGCAGCGACACGAAGUUCCUUCACAGCUUCCAGCAGCCCUACGUGGCUUCGCUCGUCGCCACCAAGCCAGAGGUCCAUGGGUGUGACCAUCAGCGACACCUCCAUGUUGCUGCCACCCAUGCCCCAGCUUCGAUUGUCCUCCACCACACAAAACUACCCAACGACUCCGCUACAACUGCAACCCGCCGAAAGAGAGCUCCUGAACAGUGCUUUGCUGGCACGAGGACGACUUCCAGUGAACACAACACCUCUCACAGAAGCAGAGGUUUCAGAGCUAAUUCUACGCAGGCAACAGCAACGCAGUCAUUCCUUCCCACCCAUUCGACCUGGAAGCUCAAACAGCAACCGAGGACCCUCCUUUCAAAGGUUUGGCGGGUUCUGAGACAGCCAAACGCUCAAGCGAGAGUGUAACUAUUCCUGAUCCCAUCCUGCUCCAUCCUCCAUCCUCCACCAAGCACAACGAGCAGCUACAUACUUUCACUCACAAUACAUGGAGAACAAAGACCUGACAGCCAGCCAUUACUACUACGAUGUACAAACUUUAAGUUUUCUAGAUGGUCAAUGUACAUAUCGACUUGGUUUGUCCGCGGAAGAAGUAAACGUAUUUACUCUAGUUCUAGAUUCAUCAUCAGACCCUACCGGUAGCUGGAAGCU